GCUUCGCAGUAACGCGACCGCUUUCGUCGAGAGUGCGUUGUUUUUUCGUUCGCUAUUGUUGUCCGUGUUAUUCUAUUCCUCAAGUGCGCUUUCACGAUUUUCAUUAGCAGACCGCCCCGGCAUCGAUAAAGAUUGGUUGGUCGCGCGUUCAUGAGCGAUAUAUUCCGAGAAAGGCGGAUGUGCCACAUAAUAUUUUAGAGUGAUCGAACGACGAUCCCAUCUUUCUCUCUCUCUCUCUCUCUCUCUCUUUCUCUCUUCCCCCCUCCUUCCCCAGAAUUUAUCUUCCUUUUCUUCGUUACUUUAUUUUUCCUUUCUUUUUUUUUUUUGUUUCUUCCUUUCUAUCUUUUCCCUCUCGACGGGGGAAAAAUUUUUGGUGCGCGUGUUUUUUGUAUUCGUCGAGGGAUACGGGGUUAUAAUAUAUAUAAGUGUUGCUGAUAGAGAUAGAAAGGAAGUAUGCAAGACCGUAUCAACGAAAGGUUGGAAUAUCGACGCUCCAGCGUGAGAUUUGGUUGGUUAGUACGUGUCCGUAUGAGAUGAGGAAGAUCGGCCAUCGUUGCUAGAAGUGAGUGAAGAGAGAAAGAGAGAAAGAGAGAGAGUGAGAGAGAGAGUGAGAGAGAGAGAGAAGUAGAAAGAGAGUGAGUGAGUGAGAUAGACUGAUGGUAUUGUAAGAAAGAGGGAGAGAGAGAAGCGAGAAAGAGUACUAUUGGAACAAUCGAAAAAAGAACAGGAGUGAGAGAGAGAGAGAGAGAGAGAGAGAGAGAGAGAGAGAAAGAAAGAAAGAGAGAGAGAAAGAGAGAGAAAGAGAGGAAAGAAUGGGUGGGAGAGGAAGAGUGCAGACUAGCCGCGUUAGUACGCGUCGCGACGCUGUCGGCGCGAUGGCCACGUGCCUCAAAGGAUAUGCCGUUGUCGACGCCGCCGUCGCCGCAGCAACAUCGGCAUCAGUAACAGCAACUAAUAGCGUCGUUCUACGACAUUGACAGAAAAAGAGUGCGUUCGGUACUAUUGAGAGUUUACGAGUUACAGUGUUUUUCUUGUUUUUAGUAAAGUGAUCGGUGCUCUUUAAUAAAAGAGAGAGAAAGAGAAAAAAGAGAGAGAGAGAGAGAGAUAAAAGAGAAGAAGAAAAGUCGUGCGUGAGAGCGCGUAAUUUUUUUCGAAUUAAGACGGAAGUUUCUUAUCAGUGUGAGAUUCAGUGCUUUAGGUUUUGGUGGAUCGUUGUUUUCAUGAGGAAAAAAGUAAAACUUUGAUAAGGAUAAAGAGGUGGUGCGUUGUAACAGUGGCUCGUCGAUACUCUUUUACUUUCUUCUGCUUCAGCUAUGACGAAGAUCUUAGAAACAUUCGUAUAGUCGUCCGAGGGAAAAGAUAAUCUUUUUAUCUUGGCACGUGGUGGAGUAAUAAAACGUAAAAGUAGUUUUGCGCGGGACAAGAAAAACCUCGUUGGUAGAAUACAGGAGUGUGGGAGCGAACGAAAGAGUGGUUCGAGAAAUAGAGAGAGAGAGAGAGAGAGAGAGAGUGAGAGAGAGAAAGAAAUAGGAAGUGGCAGGGAGGGGCGGUGGAAGAAGAGGGGUGAGAGUAGGUAGGAAGGAUCGUAGAGGCAGAGGAAAGCAGUGGAGUGGUGAAAAUCUCGACGCGAGUUAUACGGGGCGGGUGAGAAGGGCCAGGUCGUGGAGUGGGGAGUGAUGCCGGUGAGGGUGGCGCAGCGCCCCCCAGGUGGAAUAUCACUCCACGCCGGCGUGCCGGUAGCGGCCAGCAGCGUAACCGCCUCCGGUCCGUCGGGCCGGUGCCUCGGGGGCCCGGCUGCGUCCCCCGCCGGGUCGCCACCGCUGCCGCCGUCACUGCAAUCUCUCGGCGGCGGCAUAAGCGGCAGCAACAACAACAACAACAAUAAUAACAAUAACGUUAAUAAUAGCAACAUCAACGGAAACAAUCAGUUGAUCAACAGCAACGGCGGGAACGGGAGCAUUAUCGGUGGCAACUCCUUAAACGGCCUCGGCAAUUUGACCAACAACAACGGGAACGGUCUAAGCAACAGCAACAUCAAUACGACGGCGUCGAGCAUCGGUGCCGCCGCCGCCACGACGAACCCGCUCCAGGCAAUGGCAUCGGCCGCGGCCUCGCUUACGCAGUUAAACAACAUGGCGAACGGGCCGCUGCCGCCGCUCGCAGGGACCGGGCCCCCGAAUUUACCGGCUCCGCAGCCUGCGACAACGCCGACGCAUGCCGGUGGUCCGCCGACGCCACACGGUGGCGUCGGGACGGGGCCCCAUUUGAACGGGGCCUCACCAAGUCCUCAUCCUAUGCCACCCCAUGGCAUGAUGAGCGGAUCACCGCACGCGCCCCAUCCUCAUAUGCCGGCCGGAGGACCUUCGCCUCAUCCUCAUCAUCCCGCUCCUCAUAUGGUCGGCUCGCCUCAUCAUCCAGGCCCACAUCCGAUGCCACCAAAUGCUGCUGGAAUGAUGGCUCCAACUGGUAUGCAACCUCAAAGUGCUCCUGGAAUGUGCGGCCCUGGACCAGCCGGUCCAAUGGGACCACAUGGACAUCCUCAAGCACCGGGACAACCUCACAUGCACAACGAUCCCUUUUAUUGUUCACCUUUUGGCUCUCAUUACUUCAGAUCGUUGCCUGUCCCCAGGAGGCAUACUCCGUACUUCGGACAACCGGACUACAGGCUCUACGAGCUGAACAAGAGGUUACAGCAGCGCAAUGAGGAUAGCGACAAUCUAUGGUGGGACUCGUUCGCGACAGAAUUCUUCGAGGACGAUGCUACGCUCACACUCACCUUCUGUCUGGAGGAUGGACCGAAGAGAUACACGAUAGGAAGGACGCUAAUUCCUAGGUACUUCCGUUCGAUAUUCGAAGGUGGAGUGACGGAACUUUACUACAACAUGAAGCACCCGAAGGAGUCGUUUCACAAUACUAGUAUAACGCUAGACUGUGAUCACUGCGUCAUGGUCACGCAUCACGGCAAGCCAAUGUUUACGAAGGUGUGUACAGAGGGUAGGUUAAUAUUGGAGUUCACUUUUGACGACCUUAUGAGGAUAAAGUCGUGGCAUAUGUCAGUAAGAACACACCGAGAAUUGGUACCAAGGUCGGUUGUAGGCAUGCAGCAAGAUCCUACGGUACUAGAACAGCUUAGUAAGAACAUCACUAGACAGGGUAUCACCAAUUCUACUCUGAAUUAUCUCAGGUUAUGUGUCAUUUUGGAACCGAUGCAAGAACUAAUGUCGAGGCACAAGGCGUACGCGUUAUCACCAAGGGAUUGCCUGAAGACGACCUUGUUCCAGAAAUGGCAGAGGAUGGUUGCCCCGCCGGGUAAGAGAGAAUCACAGAGGCCAACGAGUAAAAGAAGAAAGCGAAAGGGCAGUACCUCUGGGCCGGGAAACAACGCUCCUCCUGCGCCUAGUAAAAAGAGGUCACCAGGGCCGAAUUUUUCUCUAGCGUCGCAGGACGUGAUGGUCGUAGGAGAGCCAUCUCUGAUGGGCGGCGAGUUCGGUGACGAGGACGAACGGUUGAUCACAAGGCUCGAGAACACGCAGUAUGAUGCGGCGAAUAGCUUAGACCCACAUAGUCACGACACGACGGGUGGCCCGCCUCCGCAUCCUCAUCAAUUCCAUUCAGAGCCAACACCGGGUAACUCUUGGCCACCAGAUCGUGGCCCUGGUCCCGGACCUCCGCAAGGUGGACCUGGUAGUCAGGGCGUCCAGGGUACGCAGGGAGGCGGAUCUUCGGGUGUCGCGGGUUCGCAGGAUGGCAGUCAACAGCAGCAAGACAAGAAGAGCCCCGCGCGGGGCGAGAAUCCGAACCUCCCCACCGGCUAUCUUGGCACGUCCGGUUGCGGCACGGGCUGUACGCCUGGCUGCGCUACCGGCUGCACGUCUGGCUGCACGUCUGGCUCUUCUUCGGCCGGCAGGUUGUCGCACGUUGGCGUACCCUUUGGCAGCGUUCCAUUCUCUUGUCAGGCAACUGGCAUACCACCGAGCCAUCAUCAUCCGGAGCAUCAGCAGCAUCAUCAUCCCCAUCAUCCGCGUUUGGGCCAUGUAGCCGCGGCAGCCAGUGCUGCCGCCGCUGCAGCCGCCUCUAUGGGGAUGGAAUCCUCCGAUUUGGUUGCGGUGGCUCAUUACCAGGCCCAACAACUUCAGCGACAAUUGUUGGCCGAGCAGUCGGCUCCGGGCACGAUGCUGCCACCGUCUGCUCAGUCUACUGGUGGAGGCUUGACGCAGCCGCUACAACAGGGACAGCAAACUCAACAAUCCCAGAGCCAGGACCCGCUGCAGAGCUUGGUGCAGCAGUUGCUCUGUCUGCAGCAGAUCGAGUAUUUCCUCGCACAGCGCGGUCACAAGUGAUAUACGCCUGCAUACAUAUAUACAUAUAUGCGCGUUUAAUAUAUAUAUGUAUGUAUGUGUUUAUACGUUAAGCGUUUAUCUGCGGUGUCUCUUCUACUCCUCCUCCUUCUCCAUCGUCGUCGUCGUUGUUCGACUCUCGCACGCGUUAGCUCGUCUCGAUAAUGACGAGAGAACUUUUAUGCGCGUCCGGCGAGAAAAAUCUGUAUGAUUGUUUGUAGCAUGUGUGGUGGUGAUGAUGAUUAUAAUUAUGAUUAUGAUUAUGAUUAUGAUUAUAAUGAUGAUGAUGAUAAUGAUAAUGAUAAUGAUGAUGAUGAUGAUGAUGAUGAUGAUGAUGAUGAUGAUGAUGAUG